GAUAUGACAUGUAAAUUGUAAUCGAACAAAAAACAUUAAACAACACAUGUGUUUUGAUUUGAGGUUUUCUUGAGGCUUGAGGUUAUCUGCGGGCUAUUAUUAGCGUUUUGGUUCGAAUUUAGUAACCCAUUAUUCAGUAAACAUGAAAGUAAAAAAGCAGCAUCGUAAAAAAAAGUAUUUACACAAGUUAAAUCGACGGCGUAUGAAUAGGAAACAAAAAAGUACAGGGAACGUUCAAUGUUCAAUUGUCAAGGAAGCAUGGAAUAAUAAAAAAACUUCUGCUCGAAAUCUAAGGGAAAUGGGUCUUGUAAGUGAUCCAAACAAAACUAUAAAAAUACCAAAUUUCAAACAGACUCAAAUUCAAAGGGCGAAACAAAUGGUAAACCAGAUCGAUUCAGAUGAAGAAGUGGAAACAGUUGUAAGACUUCCACCAAAGAAGGAAGUAGCCGAGAAAUUAGAAAAACAGGCCAAGGCGCCUCGGAAAAGGAUGUUUAUGUUACCUAAGGGUCAGGUUGAAUUUAUCACAUAUUUAUUAGACAAAUAUGGCAACGACUACAAAGCUAUGGAAAGGGACAAAAAGAAUUAUUAUCAGGAAACUUGGAAACAAUUGCGAUCUAAAAUAAAAACAUUCAUGGGUAUACCUGCACAGUAUAGUGUAUACCUGCAGGAAAGAGGAAUGCUGGACAAAGAAUUGGAUGAAGAUGAAUUAAAAAAACAAGCAAUAGCAUUAGCUAUGGACGAUUAGCUUUUAGAAAAUAUAUGAUUAAGUUAUAGAUA